AUGUCACAGUUUAAGUCUGACAACUCCACCAAAAAGAAACCUCCCAGAAUUUUAGCAAAUCGGUAUGAAAUUGUUAAAAAACUUGGGAAGGGAAAUUUUGGAACAGCAUACCUUUGUAAAGACUUGAGACAGAAAAAUUCUACAGAUGGAUCUGACUUGAAGGUGUUGAAGGAGAUCUCAGUGGGCGAGUUACAGCCAGAUGAGACAGUGGAGGCUGCUAAGGAGGCACGUGUUCUGUCUAAACUUGUCCACCCAAGCAUUGUCAAGUUCCAUGAUAGCUUUAUUGACGGCGAUGUCUUCUGUAUCAUCACUGAAUAUUGUGAGGGAGGAGACUUGGACAUGAAGAUCAAUGAUUUAAAGAAAAGCAAGAAACAAUUUGAUGAGAAAACUGUGCUAGACUGGUUUGUCCAGCUGGUACUGGCUGUUCAUUACAUGCAUACACGUAGGGUAUUACACAGAGACCUCAAAACCAGAAACAUAUUUAUUAAAAAGAACAUGAUAAAAAUUGGUGAUUUUGGAAUAUCUCGGAUACUGAUGGGUACAACAGACCUGGCAUCAACAUUCACAGGAACUCCUUACUACAUGAGCCCUGAGGUUCUAAAACAUGAAGGAUACAACUCCAAGUCAGAUAUAUGGUCAAUUGGCUGUAUACUGUAUGAGAUGUGUACUCUGAGCCAUGCCUUUGAUGGCACCAGUUUGAUGGGAGUGAUGUAUAAAAUUGUGGAGGGAGAUCUCCCUAAACUGCCUGACAAGUAUUCAAAGGAAUUGAAUAGGAUUAUGCUAUCAAUGUUAAGUAAAGACCCAGUGAAACGACCCUCAGGAACUGAUUUAUUGAAGGAACCACUUAUAGCCAACCACAUAGCUAAAAUGUCUAAGGAUUAUCAAGCUCGUCAUCAAGAAAACGCUGUAACAGAGGCUGAAGAAAUCGCACGGUUAUUACGUGAGAAAUCGCACCUGAGUGACCUGCGUUUAACAGAAGAGGAGGUCAAGUACAAGAACCUGCCACCAAGAGAGAGAAUGAGGAUGAGAAAAAUGGCUCAAGCAGAUGAGGAAGCCCAUCGACUCAAGGAAGUGGCUAAAGUACAGCUGAUUGCAAAUCAGGAGAGAAAGUCAAAGAUUAAAAGUCACUUGAAUAAAACAACAGUACCAGCAUGGCAAGGCGGAGCAGGAGAGGGAGAAAUAUUUAAAAGACCAGCCCGUAGGAAUUCUUCUACUUCUUCUGAACCAGAAAGCCCUCCUGCUAUAACUGUCACUCCAGCUCAUUUCAAGACAGCUCCAGUACCUAGAUAUCUAGCAGACGAUGAUGAAGAUGAAAGGGAAACAUUAAAAUUCAGAGCAUCCAAAACAGUAGACCAAGCUCAUUUAUCGUCGGCCAUCUUGUCUCCAGACGAGAGACCUAUCACACCGUUACGAGAUAAAAUGGUUUAUGACGUGAAACACUCCUCUUUAGACUUCAGAGAUGGUAUACCAGAGAGUCCAGAACUGGCUGAUACUUAUUACAGCCAGUACGAUGACUUCGCUCAGAAUUCCGACUCUAACUCUGAAGAUGAAAACCAAUUAACCGUGGUUGAAAAAAAUGAAAGCACGCUCAAGGCCAAAAAUUCUACUGUCAAAUCAAAAGGAAGCGAUACUGUGAUUGGUCACUCUAAUGACGAGGACUCGUUUUUCAACUGUCUGCAGGAUGUGUUAGAACAGGGUGAUGAUGCUGAGUCUACAAUGACCUUAGCAGAUGACAUAGAGGCUGGGGCGUUCGGCCCUGUAGCCAGGGGACAGAAGAUUAAAAACUUACGAUUAGAAUGUGAGAAGAUGCUUGGAAAAGAUGCAUUUGACAAAGCCUACAAUUAUCUGAAGGAGGCACGUUACAAUGACAAAUCUGCUGAAGAAGACAUUAUGGCAGGAUUGCGUCAUUUUGUGAAAAAUCCCAGUGAUUGUUUCCUUGUUGAUCAACUUUUAUUUUUAGAAGAACAAGCCAAUUUAGCAGCCAAAGCAUCCUGAAUCCAAACCAUGUGCCAGAACAUUAUAUAACAGAGUGAAGGAGUUAUCACCCCUUAAUGUAAUUGUAUCCUGCAAUUUCAUCCUUUUUAAAGGAUGUUCUGAUCUGACUGGAUUCGUCGUUUUUGAAUCUCU